AUGGUCAGACGUCACUGGGCCAACUACGAGGCCAAAAGCGAAUCUGUUUACGGCGCCAGCGCAGACCUCGACUUCCCACUUCUGCAGCUACACCUUCGUCGCCAUCACCCUGCUCUAGCCAAGCCUGCGGCCAAGCACGAGCCCAAACGCUCCGUCUUCCUCCCCGCCAAGACGCAGCAGUCGGAGGUCUCCGCGUCGCCGUUGUCCACCGUUACCUCUGCUGCCGCCCCGUGCCCUCGCCGCCACCCACGGAAGGAGCCCGUUGUGCACCCGCACGCUGUAGGCUACCCGUACCACUUCUCGCUCUGCGAGCUCCCACUGCCGGACCGCGAGGACAAGCCCAGCCUGGCGCCCUUCCGGCUCACGACGACGGGCGGCACGCGCGAGCCCCCGAAGAAGAAUCCCUCGACGGCCUGCCUUUGCCGCGAGCCCAGGAUCGCGUAUGGGCCGCACGUCCCUAGCAGCGCGAGGCUGCGGUGUAGUCACUAG